UUCCUCUGUUGCAGCUAUGGCACGUACCAAGCAGACGGCCCGCAAGUCCACCGGCGGCAAGGCCCCGCGCAAGCAGCUGGCCACCAAGGCUGCCCGCAAGAGCGCGCCGGCCACGGGCGGCGUGAAGAAGCCGCACCGCUACCGGCCCGGCACCGUGGCCCUGCGCGAGAUCCGGCGCUACCAGAAGUCCACGGAGCUGCUGAUCCGCAAGCUGCCGUUCCAGCGCCUGGUGCGCGAGAUCGCGCAGGACUUCAAGACCGACCUGCGCUUCCAGAGCUCGGCCGUCAUGGCGCUGCAGGAGGCGAGCGAGGCCUACCUGGUGGGCCUGUUCGAGGACACCAACCUGUGCGCCAUCCACGCCAAGAGGGUCACCAUCAUGCCCAAGGACAUCCCUGGCCCGCCGCAUACGCGGGGAGAGAGCUUAAGUGCUAACCAAGCUGAAGCAGCAGGAUCACAAGUUUGCAGUUUGCAUGGGCUACAGGAUGAGUUCAAAGAUAAGCCUUGGAUGUCUGCCUACGCGGUUUUCUUCAGUCCCCGCCCUGGGAUGGGCGGAGCAAAGAAGCGUUGGCAACCUCUUCCCCGCCCACUUGAAGUUCUCAACCAGGUCCGAUUAGGGCCUAUAAUAUCCCACUGUCAGCGUCUCAGCUCAGCUUGUUUUUCACCGCUUGGAGAAGAAGCAAGUAUGUCCGGUCGCGGCAAGGGCGGGAAGGGCCUGGGCAAAGGCGGCGCCAAGCGCCACCGCAAGGUGCUGCGCGACAACAUCCAGGGCAUCACCAAGCCCGCCAUCCGCCGCCUGGCCCGGCGCGGAGGCGUGAAGCGCAUCUCCGGCCUCAUCUACGAGGAGACCCGCGGGGUACUGAAGGUGUUCCUGGAGAACGUGAUCCGCGACGCCGUCACCUACACGGAGCACGCCAAGCGCAAGACCGUCACCGCCAUGGACGUGGUCUACGCGCUCAAGCGCCAGGGCCGCACGCUCUACGGCUUCGGCGGCUAAAGCCAUGGUCCGCGCUUUCCCUCAGUGACGCAAAAGGCCCUUUUCAGGGCCACCCACUCGGUCUCUAAAAGGCUGUGCAUUGGGUUCUCUUUCCCAGAAUCCUCUCCGCAGUCUUCGUAGCCGCCAUGUUCUGAUGAGCUCCCAAGGCUUUCUCUGUGCGGACUUAAGAGCCUCCGCAGCUCCGUAAGUUGCAUCUGUGUUUGAAUUUCUUUCACCCGUUUCUCAGUCCACGUCUCGCGGAGGCUUGCCUUGCCGUCUUGGUCCCCACGCUCAGGGUGGGUUACUGUGGAAACAGACGUAUUCGCCUUGACGUGCACCGCUAGGCCCUGCCUUCCGUCGCCCAUUAAUUAGCACUGCCUGGGAAUUGAGCCGCAGGUGUGGGCUACGAGGCUGUCCCCCCAGCAGCCGACUGUGCCUCCCUCAGGCUCUGAGAUGGCGUGGACUUUGCCGGCUGCAAAUAGUUUAAUUCUGAGGACUCCGGAGAGGGAAUAAAUGCCAGAUCCCGGAGAGAACGGAGGAGGAGGAGGCUGCUGCCCUGGGCUGCUGUUGAUGCGGUUUGAUGAAGUCGAAUAUAUCCUGAAAUUAAGAAAAUUAUCUGGAGUAUUAUACACCCUUUCAACCCACUAACCUUUCUCUCCUACCUGGUGUUGGGGUGUUGGAAAGGAUUGGUGACGGGAGGUAGAGGCCUAAGAACUCAAAUAAAACAUUAAAAAGUGUA